AUGGUCAUUGAUGCCAAUGCAUUGGCCUACCACUUGGCAACCCAUGAUCCUUUAAUCUCAUGCGGUGAUCUUCAAAGAUAUGUUGAUACAAUCAAACAAUACCUACAAGACAAGAUCAAGAAGUUUGGAUUGGACGUUGUUUUCUUCUUUGAUGGCAGUACUCCAGAUCACAAACACCAGUCAAAGCGUGGAGACAGCCAUUUGGAACGACUUAGAAACAUGAUGGGCCUGCUCAAAGAACAUGACCACCCAUCUCCCUGA